AUCGCACAGGACGAAAUGAAGCGACUCCUUCCAGUGAUUUUUGCCGCGUUGCUAUGGCAAUGCUGUCAGGCCCAGCAGAGAGGGCUGUUUCCAGCUGUUUUGAAUCUGGCUACUAUGGCAGAUAUAACAUCUAAUGCUACCUGUGGUUCAAACGGUCCAGAGAUGUUCUGUAAGCUGGUGGAACAUGUACCAGGUCAGCCUGUGAGAAACCCACAGUGUCGAAUCUGCAACCAAAGGAGUUUGAACACAUUUGAACAUCAUCCCAUAGAAUAUGCCAUUGAUGGGACCAAUCGCUGGUGGCAAAGCCCCUCGAUCAUGAAUGGGAUGGAAUACCACUAUGUGACCAUCACACUGGACUUGAAACAGGUUUUCCAAAUUGCCUAUGUGAUUAUAAAGGCUGCAAACUCACCCCGUCCAGGUAAUUGGAUCCUGGAGCGCUCAAUAGAUGGCCUGACUUUUGAACCCUGGCAGUACUACGCCAUCACAGACACAGAGUGCCUGACAAGAUUCAACAUAACGCCACGGACAGGACCUCCAUCCUACACCAGAGAUGAUGAAGUGAUCUGCACAUCAUUUUACUCAAAGAUUCACCCACUGGAGAAUGGAGAGAUCCACACAUCUCUAAUUAAUGGUCGUCCUAGUGCAGAUGACCCCUCCCCGGCCCUGCUGAACUUCACUUCCGCCCGUUACAUUAGGAUGGUGCUCCAGCGAAUCAGAACGCUUAACGCUGACCUCAUGACGCUGACACUCAGUGACCCCAAAGAUGUGGAUCCCAUUGUGACAAGACGGUACUACUAUUCUGUCAAGGACAUCUCAGUUGGAGGAAUGUGUAUCUGUUACGGUCAUGCCAAAGCCUGCCCACUCAACACAGCUACAAAGAAGUUUAGCUGUGAAUGCGAACACAACACAUGUGGGGCGAGCUGUGAUCGCUGUUGCCCGGGUUACCACCAACAGCCCUGGAUGGCAGGGACCUUCCUCACACGACAUGUUUGUGAACAGUGUAAUUGCCAUCGUAAGGCAGAGGAGUGCAACUUUAAUCAGACAGUUGCUGACUUAUCACUCAGCCUGGACGUCCAUGGUCAAUACAGAGGCGGUGGAGUCUGUAUCGGCUGCCGUGACAACACAGCUGGAAUCAACUGUCAGAGCUGCAUUUCUGGAUACUAUAGACCCACAGGGGUAAAUGCUGAUGAAGAGGACCCCUGUAUUCCUUGCUCAUGUGACACGCAGGGUUCUGUCAGCCAAACUUGUGUCUCAGAUUCAAGUCAAGCUACACCCAGUCAGCCAGCAGGGUCAUGCUGGUGUAAGGAGGGUUUCGGGGGUCUGCGAUGUGACAGGUGUGCUAUCGGUUAUAAGGGCUACCCGUCCUGUCAGCGCUGCAACUGCAGCGUGGAAGGAAGCACAAACACUGACCCAUGUGUAACACCCUGUGUAUGCAAGGAAAAUGUUGAAGGAGAGAACUGUGACCGUUGUAAACUUGGAUUCUACAAUCUGCAACGUGACAACCGACGUGGCUGUGAAAAGUGCUCCUGCAUGGGCGUUGCCAGUCAGUGCUCUGCCUCUACAUGGACCUAUCACAAUGAGACGACUCUGACAGGGUGGCACCUGGUUGGAGACACAGGAGGGAAAGUGUGGUCCAUUCACAGACAGACACCUCCCUAUUUGAGCGUCAGACACUUAGAUGCUUUGAAUGAUCUUGGCUCUGCCUACUACUGGAACGCACCUGGAUUAUACCUGGGAAACAAGCUGACAGCGUAUGGAGGAAGUGUGGUCUUCACUGUCUCAUAUACGACAGACCAGCAAGAGCAAAUGGCCAUCAGAGUCACCUCAGAGCCUGAUCUCAUCAUAGAGGGAGGCGGGAUGAAGAUUAUUGACAAAAGAUUUGGCCAGCCAGUGUACCCAUCCUCACCCAGCACCAGUCACAUUCGCCUCCUUCCAGAGAACUUCCUGCUUUCAGAGACGGGGCAACCGAUCAGUCGGAGAGAUUUCUUGUCUGUGUUGGCUAAUGUGAUGAGCGUGAUGGUGCGGGCCUCUUACAGCACAGAAAGCAGUGCUGUUUACAGACUUCACUCAUUCUCAAUGCAGGCAGCAAAUCCUACUGCCAGAGGAGAGGGAAGAGCAUCAGCUGUAGAAAUGUGCUCUUGUCCUCCUGGGUAUGCUGGGACUUCAUGUGAGGCCUGUAUUCCGGGUUUUCGACGGGUUAACAGGGAUCUGUAUAAUGGUGCGUGUGAACCUUGUCGUUGCCAUGGACACGCCACGCAGUGCCACGUGGUCACAGGACACUGUAUGGACUGCUCUCAUAAAACUGCUGGAGAACACUGUGACACCUGCUUACCUGGUUACUAUGGCAAUGCCACCAAUGGGUCACCUGCAGACUGCCAGCCCUGCGCCUGCCCGCUAAAUCUUCCAGGCAACAACUUUAGCCCCACCUGCCACUUAAGUAAAGGAGGAGAGUUGCUGUGCGACCAAUGUCAGGCUGGCUACACAGGACCACGAUGCGACAGGUGUUCCAACGGAUACUACGGCCAGCCCGGUAUACCAGGAGGUUCCUGCAAGCCCUGUGAAUGCAGUGACAACCUGGACUUAUCCAUACCUGGCUGCUGUGAUCCAGUCACAGGCCAGUGUCUGAGGUGUCGCCAGGGUUAUGGGGGCGUGACUUGUGAAAGCUGUGCUGAAGGUUACUAUGGAGAUGCUAUCACAGCAAAGAACUGCCAACCCUGCCAGUGCCACACCAAUGGCUCUGUAUCUGAGGUCUGCAAUAAGGAGAAUGGUCAGUGCAACUGCAGAGAGAAUGUGGUUGGACGACAGUGUGAUAAGUGCAUGCCUAACUGCUGGUGGGAUGCUGAGCGUCAGGAAUGUAUGCCCUGCCGCUGCAGCCGUCAUGGCUCUAUCUCUCAGCGCUGUGACAUUGAGGGGCGCUGCAUCUGUCGCCCCGGCUUCGUGGGCCAGCGCUGUGACCUGCGCCGUCUUGGUUAUGAAAGGCGAGAGACAAGGCGCCCUGUGGAGCAAGUUUCCAUGGAAUCUGUGCAGCAGAGAUGGGGCACUUCCCGCACAGGAGGUUGUCCCAGGGGUGCUUACAGGCCUCAGACAGGGCCUCAGACUCACGGCAUCGAAACAGGUGGAGUGUGCGUCCCCUGUCACUGCAACUCGUUUGGUUCCAAGUCAUUCGACUGUGAUGAGACAGGCCAGUGUCGAUGUCAGCCAGGUGUCUCUGGACCCAAAUGUGACCGAUGUGCACGGGGAUUCUUCAACUUCCAGGAGGGUGGCUGCACACCAUGCCAGUGCAAUCAUGUGGGAAACAACUGCGAUGCGAACACUGGACAGUGCAUCUGUCCUCCCAACACUAUUGGUGAGAGGUGCAACCGUUGUGCUCCCAACCACUGGGGCCACGAUAUCGUCGCUGGAUGUAAGGAGUGUGGCUGCAACGUGAUUGGUUCAGUGACGCAGCAGUGCAACGUGAACACAGGCUGCUGCUUCUGCCGGGAUUCCUUCAGAGGAGAAAAAUGUGAUGAAUGCCAAAUUGGAUACAGAGACUUUCCUCAGUGCAUCCAGUGUGAGUGUAACGUUGCAGGAUCGGACAGCCAAACCUGUGACCUGGAGAAAGGAGUGUGUGGUUGUGCAAUGCGAACAGGAAAAUGUAGCUGCAAGGAGAAUGUUGAGGGACACAACUGUGAUCGAUGUAAACCAGAUAUGUUUGGAUUAUCAGUAAGAAAUCCACUGGGGUGCAGCAAGUGUUACUGUUAUGGACUGACACAGUCGUGCACAGAGGCUAAGGGACUAAUAAGGAUGUGGUUAACACUGAAGCCAGAGCAGACGAUACUCCCUCUGGUGGAUAAAUCCAACUCAGUGGAGAUGAGAAGAGGAGUCAGCUUCCAGCACCCUGAGAUCCUUGCUCAUGCAGAAUUGGUCACACCAACUCUAUCUGAACCUUACUACUGGAAACUGCCCGAGCAGUUCUCAGGCUCGAUGAUCACAGCCUAUGGUGGGCAGCUUAAAUAUGCAGUAUACUACGAAGCCAGAGAGGAAACUGGCCCAUCCUCCUAUGAGCCUCAGGUCAUUAUUAAGGGUGGUCCUAACCACAACAUCGUGAUGACACGACACAUCACAGGACUUCAGAUUGGUCAGCUCACCCGCCAUGAGAUCGACAUGACAGAGCAUGACUGGAAGUAUGCAGAUGGUCGAUCGAUGACUCGAGAAGACUUCAUGGACAUUUUGUUCCAUGUGGACUACAUCCUGAUAAAAGCAUCACAUGGCAACUUGAUGAGACACAGUCGCAUUUCAGAGAUCAGUCUAACAGUGGCAGAGGAGGGCACACCAACCAAAGAAAGUGAGAAGGCCCAUCAGAUAGAAAAGUGUGACUGUCCAAAUGGAUACUCCGGAUUUUCCUGUGAGGAGUGUGCUGCAGGGUUCUUCCGUCUGCGCCCGGGGUCCCUGAUAUCUGUUCCAGCAUCCAGGGUGCCCACAGCUACCGGCAUGGGCAGCUGUGUUCAGUGCCAAUGCAAUGGGCACUCUUCCACUUGUGACCCUGAGACAUCCAUAUGUCAGAACUGUCAGGACAACACAGAGGGAGAUCACUGUGAACGCUGCAGUCCAGGAUUUUACGGAGUGGUCCAAGGUUUUUCUGAUGAUUGCAAACGCUGUGCUUGCCCCCUUACCAACCCAGAGAACAAUUUCAGCCCUACUUGUGUAGCCGAGGGAUUUGAUGACUACCGUUGCGUCGCCUGCCCUGAGGGAUAUGAGGGGAAAUACUGUGAAAGGUGUGCUACUGGUUACCACGGUAACCCAAGGAUGCCAGGUGGCCAUUGUGAGGAGUGUAAGUGUUCCUUCUGGGGGGCGUUGCCCGGACCGUGUGACCCUGUCACGGGCCAGUGCCGUUGCAGGGUUGGGGUAUCGGGAAUGUCGUGUGACCAGUGCAUGGAAAGGCAUGUGUGUGGACCAUCUGGAAUCAUCUCCUGUGACGAUGAGUGCUCAGGUUUGCUGAUAAGCGACAUGGACCGCCUGUAUCGCAUCAUCACUGAUGUUACUCUGACCUCACCCCUCCCACCACCUUAUAAGGUGUUGUACCGCUUUGAGAACAUGACAGAGGAACUCAAGCACAUGUUGUCACCUCAGAAAGCUCCGGAGAGAUUAUUGCAACUGGCUGACUCCAAUAUGGGAUCACUGGUCGUAGAGAUGGACCAACUGCACAGCAGGGCCACUAAGGUGUCUGCUGACGGCGAGCAGGUGGAGGAUGAUGCUGACAGGAUUCAUCAACGAGCUGAAGACCUGGAGCAGUUCAUCAAGGACACACUGCUGGGAGCAAAAGACCUCCAAUCCAAGGCUGCAGAGCUGAACCAGACCCUUUCGCGUAAAGAUGGAACUCCAGACAAAAGCCUGAGCAAGAUGAAGGACGAGAUCCAGGCCAUGCUAGCUGAGAUGAGAAAGCGACAGCUGGGAGGCCAGAAAAGCAUUGCAAAGGAGGAGGAGGAUCUAGCAGAGGAGCUGUAUCAGAAAGUCAAAAGAAUGUUUGGUGAUCCCCAUCAGGCCACAGAAGAUCUAAAAGCAGAGAUAAAUGACAAGCUCUCAGACCAUGAAGGGAAGCUCCAGGAGGCCCAGGAUCUACUGAACUCUGCCCAGGGAAAAAUGAGGGAGGCUGGAUCAUUGGCUGAACAAAACCAAGCAAACCUUAGAGCUCUGGAGAGGAAGCGAUCUGGAAUCAAUGCGGUGAAACAAGAGACACAGAAGGUCCUUGGAGAAGGAGAGAACUUGCUUGAGGAAGCAAAUCAGCUCUCUGACAACAUCAACAAGGAGCUAGAGGAGUUGGGGGAGAUGGGGAAAGAGCUCGGUCCUCUUCAUGACCAGCUGGAUGAUAAAGUCCGUCACCUCACCAGUGGCUUGAGUGAUGGUAGUUUGGCUAAUCGUGUGCAUGAUGCAGAGGAACAUGCCAGACAGCUGAAUGACUCUGCAGCCAUUUUAGAUGGAAUUUUAGCCGAAGCUAAAAACCUCUCCUUUAAUGCUACAGCUGCAUUCAAUGCUUACAGUAACAUUAAAGCCAAUGUUGAUGCAGCGGAAAAAGAGGCAAAAGCAGCCAAACAGAGGGCAAGUGAGGCGCUGGCACUGGCUUUAGGUCCAGAUGUUCCAGUAAAGGAAGCAGCUCAAAAUGCCCUUCAGAAGAGUCAAAUGCUGCUGAACAAAGCCAAACAACUUCAAAAUGAUGUCAAAGCGAAUGCUGACAGUGUGGCUGGGCUGAAGGGCAGAGUCAAAGCAGCAAGAGACAAAACCAAAGACCUUUUCAAAGCAGUUAAUGGAACCAUGGAAACGCUCAGUGCCAUUCCCAAUGAUACAGCAGCUAAGCUGGCAGCUACAAAAGCUGUAGCAGCUGAUGCCAACGCCACAGCUACAGAUGUCCUUGAACGCCUUGGAGAGCUGAACUUGCGCCUCGGAGGUCUGCAACACAACUACAGCGAGCUGGAGGACACUGUGAAGGCAGCCAAUCAGAUGAUCCAGGACCCAGAGAAAAACACAAUCAUUCAUGCUGCAGGAGCUAAAGUUAAAGAUUUAGAGGAUGAAGCUGACAGACUGUUGGAAAAGCUACAGCCAAUCAAAAAGCUGGAAGACAAUCUGAAGCGCAACAUCUCACAAAUCAAGGAGCUGAUUAACCAGGCCAGGAAACAAGCUAAUUCAAUCAAAGUAUCUGUGUCAUCAGGUGGGGACUGUCUCCGCAGUUACCGCCCUGAUAUUAGAAAAGGAAGGUACAAUACCAUUGUCCUUCAUGUUAAAACAACCUCGCCUGACAACCUCCUUUUCUACCUGGGAUCUGUCAAAUUUGUUGAUUUCCUGGCCUUGGAGAUGCGUAAGGGGAAAGUAAAUUUCCUCUGGGAUGUGGGCUCAGGUGUGGGAAGGGUUGAAUAUCCCCAUCACACCAUCCACGAUGGGAAUUGGCACCGGAUAGAGGCAUCUCGCAAUGGUCUAAAAGGUACCAUAUCGGUCUAUCCUCUGGAAGGUCCCAUGGCAGGAAUGAUGCCAAUGCCAACCAGUGCCAACUCACCAGCAGCUUUCACCAUCUUGGAUGUUGACCAGAACGCCUACCUGUUUGUAGGGGGAAUACUCGGCACUGUCAAGAAAGCCGACGCUGUAAGAACUUCAACAUUCACAGGCUGUAUGGGAGAGACUUUCUUGGAUGGUAAACCUAUUGGCCUGUGGAACUACAGAGAGAGACAGGGAGACUGUAAGGGUUGUGUUGUCAGCCCUCAGCGUACCGACAGCGAGGGGACAGUUCAGAUGGAUGGUGAAGGCUACGCUGCAGUAGGAAGGCCCACCAGGUGGAACCCGAACGUUUCCACCAUCACCUUCAAGUUCCGCACUUUCUCUUCUGAUGCUUUGCUCAUGUAUCUAGCCACUGAAGACAUGAAAGACUUCAUGUCCCUGGAGCUGUCAGAGGGAAAGGUGAAGGUAAACUUUGACCUUGGAUCUGGAGCUGGCAGUGCCGUAUCAGCCAACCGCCACAAUGAUGGACGCUGGAAAGCCCUGACCAUGUCAAGGAACAAGAAGAAAGCCACCGUGACUGUAGUUGACAUCGACAGCAGCACUGAAGAAAAGAUUGUGGCCACAUCUCAGGGUUCAGCUACUGGUCUUAACCUGAGGGAAAACCAGAAAAUCUAUUUUGGUGGGCUGCCAACGAUGGGAAAUUACAGCAUGGCAACCAGGUCAGAGGUGACUCUGAAGAGAUAUGCAGGCUGUCUUCGAGAGAUUGAAGUCUCCAGAACACCAUAUAAUCUCCUCAGCAGCUCAGAUUAUACAGGGGUGACUAAAGGAUGUAAUGUAGAGAAUCUGUACACCGUCAGUUUCUCUAAGCCAGGAUACAUUGAAGUGGGAGGCCUCUCACUUGCAGUCGGCACUGAAAUCAGCCUGUCUUUCAGCACUCUGGCACACACAGGGACCAUACUACUGGCAGUAGGAGAAACUUCAACAAUCCACCAACAGGUCCGCAACUCGAAUGCCUUCAGCUCCAAGAGGAGACGAAGACAAUCAGGAGAGCCCUACCUCUCAGUCAUGCUGAACAAAGGUUCUCUAGAGGUCUCGAUAUCCACCGGAAGUCACAAUCCACGCUACGUCAUCAGACGACCUGACCAAGCGAUACUGAAUGAUGGCAGAGAGCAUUCUCUGCGCAUUGAGAGGCUGCCUGGCAGAUCCUUUGCAGUUCAGGUUGAUGAGGAGGCCAAGAAGGAGGCACCACUUCCCAAUGACCAACCAAUGAGCUUACAACGCAUCUUCCUUGGUGGUAUUCCAGCCGAAGUAGAGCACACAUCCAACAGAGUCAACAUCCCCUUCCAGGGAUGCAUAUGGAACCUCAUGAUCAAUGCUGUUCUCUCAGAUUUCUCCCAGGCCGUUUCCUUUGAAAAUGCUGAAAUUGGCCAGUGCCCCAGCCUCGCUCCACCACCACCACCACCUCCACCUCUUCUUCCAGAAGAGAAGACUGAGGAGAUUGAGGCAUUAAAACCAGUCAGUUCUCUAAUUACCCCAGCUCCCGUCACACCAGCACCAGGUCCUCCUCCUGACGCCACACCCCCUGCCCAAACUGCUGCCACACCUACUGCACCUGCUGCUGUUGCACCACCCAUUGCUAAGCUGGAUCCUAGCAGAGACUUGGACUUAUGUGCAUCUGCUGUGGCCCCAACAGCGCUUGAGAAGGCAUACCAGUUUGGACUGACCCGGAACAGCCACAUGAGCUUCGCCUUUGAUGACACCAAAGUCAGAGAGAGGCUGGUGUUAGAGUUUGAGCUGAGGACAACGGAGCAAUCUGGUCUUGUUCUCUACAUGGCGAGAAUAAACCAUGCUGACUUCGUUUCCAUACAGAUCAAGGAAGGACAGAUUUGUCUUGGUUAUGAUCUUGGCCAUGGAAACAUCUCUGGCUGUGUCCCCUUUUCCAUUAAUGAUGGCAACUGGCAUAAGAUCCGUGUGACUCGUAACAAGCAGCGAGGGUUACUUAUGGUUGAUGGGCGAUACAGCAAAUCAAUGAUCAGUCCAAAGAAGGCUGAUCUAUUAGAUGUGGUGGGAAUGCUGCACGUUGGUGGAUUACCACACAACUAUACCACCAAGCGAAUAGGACCAAUUCUCUACAGCAUCAAUGGAUGUAUACGUAACCUAAAGAUGGUUGGAGGACCUGUAAGCACCAAAUCACCUGCAACAGGUCGUUCUGAGUCAGUUAUCGAAGACUUUAAACUCAACAUGGCUUCACCUACCUCCAGUUAUAUGGUUGGAAAGUGUUUUGUUGCUACUGAGAUAGGCACCUAUUUUGAUGGCACUGGCUACCUGAAAGCAGUCCCAUCAUAUCGGGUGGGCCUUGAUGUGUCGAUAGCGUUAGAGUUCCGAACCACCAGAACCAGUGGAGUGCUUUUGGCUGUCAGCAACCAAGCCAACGAUGGACUGGGUCUAGAGAUUGUCCAGGGCAAGCUGCUCUUUCAUGUUGACAAUGGAGUUGGACGAAUCACAGCAGAGCAUGUACCUGAGGGUGAAGGUUUCUGUGAUGGUCAGUGGCACAGCAUCACUGCCAACAAGAUUCGUCACAGGGUGGAACUUGUGGUUGAUGGAAAGCAGAGCCAAGCAGAGUCUCCUAAUGCACGCGCCAACACCUGUGACACCAACGAUCCCAUCUACGUUGGAGGAUAUCCUGAGGGAGUUCGUCAGGCAGCUCUUUCAACAACCGAGUCCUUUGGAGGUUGUAUGAGGAACCUGAAGAUUACCAAGGCUUCUAAGACCAUGGAUGUGCAGUUCAACAAGGCUCUGGAGAUUAAAGGAGUCCAGCCUCUCUCCUGUCCUGCUGUAGCUGCCUAACUGAUACCAAUCUUAAUCCUAUAAAGUGUGGAAUUUACUGCUUUAUGGAAGAUCCAUCUUCCUUUUAUCAAAACACUUGGUUUGAAUUUGUAAAAGCCCAGUACUAAUGUCAAAUAAUAUUUCAUCCUCUCUCCUUACACAGAUAUGAGGCUCUGGAAAUCUACUAAACCUUAUACUGAAUUAUGAUGCAGCUUUCUCUUUUCUGCUUCUGGUCUUGUCUCAAUUCCUAAGCAUCAGAGCCAAACUGGAUUAUUUUACACUUUUUGUUGCAUGUUUGUGUUUCUCUGCACAAAGUUAAAUACAGUUCACACACAGAGAUGCUUGGACAUUUCAAAGUUUGCUCAAUAUUUCUGAGACUAAGAAUAUGGUCCUGACUUUAUGCAAUGUGUAAGGCACUGAACAAUAAAUUUAUGACUAUAAAGUAAAGUCUU